AUGCUGACACUGGGGUCACUGGUGGCCAUAGUGGCCCACACUGGGGUGGCUGGUGGCUGCCGCCGCCGCCCCUCCCCCCCCUCCCCCUCCCCCCUCCCCCCUCCAAGUCGACCUCCUGCCCGUCCUCGCCCCUCCCCCUCCCGACCCUCCCCCCCCUCCCCUCCCCGUGGCCACCGUGGACGCCGCCGCCCUCAAACCCCCCCCCGUGGCCCAAACGCCCCUCCCCCCCCUGCCCCCACCCCCCCCGCCCCCCCCCAGCCCCCUCCCCGCAAAUCCAAGAGCAAAGGGCCCUACAUCUGCUCCCUGUGCUCCAAGGAGCUCAAGAACGGCUACAACCUGGCGGCGCACGAGGCCACCCACGGCCCUUCCUCCUCCUCCUCCUCCUCCCCGCGCCCCCCACGCCCCUCCCAGGCCUCCAUCAAGAUGCCCACCAUGGUGCCCAUCAGCCUGCUGAGCGUGUCCCAGCUGGGAGCCGAGCCCAGUGAGGCAACUGGGAGCACUGGCAAGAGGGUGAGGAAGAGCCACUCGUGUGAGAUGUGCGGGAAGGGCUUCAGGGACGUGUACCACCUGAAGCGCCACAAGCUGUCGCUCGACGAGAAGCCCUUCGCCUGCCCCGUGUGCCAGCAGCGCUUCAAGCGCAAGGACCGCAUGGGCUACCACGUCCGCUCCCACGACGGCGCCGUGCACAAGCCCUACAGCUGCAGCCACUGCGGCAAGAGCUUCUCCAG